AUGAAUGAUCCUAGGGAAUGUUCGCCAGAAGAUCCUUUUGCUGAUUUAUCAGACAAAGAGGAAAAUGAAGACGCUGUACUGGAAGAGCUCGAAGAUCUAGACCGUCGAAAGAGUGAUCUCUUGGGAAGAUUGAAGGAACUAAAGGAACGUCAAAAGAGACGUGAUCCUAAUUUUGAUGAAGUUCAGAUACCUGGUACCCCUGAAGAGAAGAAUACAAAUAUUUUUACUUCUGAACAGACAAUAUUACAGAAUCGUGACAGAAAAGAAGAAGAAGUAGAAGAAGAAGAAUUCUCUGGCGAACGAUUACCUAAUCCUAACGAACUGAAAGUAAGGGAAAGGGAAGAGAACUUGGAAAAGCUACCAUCGAAUACUACUUCAUAUUUCAUGGAAAAGUUUCAACAUGUCAAGAAGAAAGAAGAAAUCGAGAACGUUAGGAAUGAGAAAAUGUUAAAGGCAAGAGUCCAUAUGUUUCAAGGAUUAAAUAAAAGCAGCAAAAUUCAUAAAAUAGAAUAUCAACCAGAGGCAGCUAAUGAAGUAGAAGAAUAUUCGAUGCUACGUAUUCAGAAAAGGUAUAUUCCUAAAAAGGAAUUAAAUGAUAUAUUCCAAAAUAUCAAAAUACUUCGAUUAAAUAAAUUAUUUGCCAAAGUGAGGCCACCAAAAUUCGAAGAACCACAGUAUUCAAAUUGGGUUACAUUGGGGAUAAUAACACAGAAGGGUAGCAUUAAAUUUACAUCAAGUGAUAAACCCAAGAAAUAUUUUAAAUUUACUAUAAGUGAUUUCAAAUAUAAUGUAGAUAUCUUCAUUUUCGAUAAACAUGCUGUCGAGCGAUACUAUAAUCUUCGAAUUGGUGACAUUAUUGCAAUUUUGAAUCCUGAAGUGUUACCAUGGAGACCCUCGAAUAAUAAAAAUGGUACGGGGAUCAAAUCAUUCAAUCUUCGUAUCAAUCAUAAUUACCAUUGUAUCAUCGAAGUUGGUAAAAGUAAAGACCUUGGUUUUUGUCCCAUACCGAACAAAAUCAAUGAAUCUGGGACAUGUCAUACCCCAAUCGAUAUUUCUAAAGAAGACAGAUGUUCUUAUCAUCAAGAAAUUAGGUUUAGAAACAAUGGUUCUAAGAGGAUCGAGUUAAAUGGAAGUUUCGCAUUGGGUGCUCCUGUAAAAGUGGGUGCACAACCGCAAUUAUAUAGGAAUAAUAACGUGCCAGUACGAGGAGUGUAUCAUGGGAAUCGAUUUAAUGUGGUAAAAGGAUCUGAAAUUAGAAAGAAUGAAUCAAAACUUAUGGAAGAGAGGAGGAGACGAUAUUUUAGUAGUAACAAUUCAGCAAAGGCCUUCUUUGAUGAAAAGUUCCAAAAUCCUGACAUGUUAACCAACCUUGAUACUAAAAGACGUAAAAUUGCUGAUGAUAAGAGAAGUAAUUACUUAGACCAAGAGUUGAGUAAAGCUAUCGAGAAUAAAUCUUCCAAUAGAUUAUCUGGGAACAAAACAAAGAAAGAAUAUGCCAAAAUGAAAAGUGCUACAGAAACAACAUUACAAACUGGUGUCAUUCAAAGAUUAGGUUUUGAUCCGACACAUGGUAAGAUUGCUAAAGUUUUACAAACGGGUAAGGAUUCAGGGAAGGAUAACGUACAUAAUACUCAUAAAGUGGAGAAAGUUAAGGAUCUACUAGAAUUUAAAAAAGGCAAAGUUGUGCUGGCGCCUGCUAAAGAGGAACUAAUCAAACGUAAGAAUAGAAGGGAAGAAGUAUGGCAAAAACAUUUCGGAUCCGGCAAGAGACUUGCAGAGCAGCCGCUAAAUGACGAUGUGGAUACCAGUGAAAGUGAUUUAGAGAUUGUAUGA